AUGACCCCUUCGUAUCGUCUACCCUAUGGCACCAAAGAAAAUGUCAGACAAGAGGACUGGCAGCAAGAUCCCCCAGAGCAAGGCCCUGGCCCCUCCGAAAGAACGAACACUGGAAAAUGGGGUCCGAGAAAGUUGAUCACCUACGGUAAAAUGGUUGUGACGGCCGGUAGGCUAGCAUCAGAACCUCGGCAGAGACCCGAAAAGGCCGUAGCGCAACCAUCGGAACAAGAGACGCUGGAGAAGGAGAGGGCGGUAGCUGCAAUGGGAGCCAAACACACCGAACAACAACUCCUGCGUGCUAGCCGAGAUGUUCGAGGGCAGCUGGAGCGCGCCCUUCAAGAGGCCGAAGCUCUUCGAGCCGACAACAUUGCAUUCAAAACCAGAGUCAACCUUGCAGAGAAGGAAAAGGCUCAUCUAGAGACUCGCGUGGCUCUCCUGUCGGACGAAGUGAAACUCCAGAUUGCACCACUCAAGGCGCUGCAGCUAGAGCUAACGCAGACGAGAUCCGACACGGAGACGAUGCGGCAAAGGCUCAAAGAGGAACGUAGAGAGAGCAGGCUCAGGGUCAGCGACAGCGACAAGGCUAAGAGCGAGGCCCAACAGCGGAUAGAGCUGCUUGAGUUCGACCUUAAUGAGACCGUAAAGGCGUGCCAGGCGUCGACGUUCGAGGGGAUGUACCAAGAAGCUUCCACGAUGGCCACGCUUCUCCAAGCAGAAGUAGAGCAGUGCAGAACAGACGCCAAAAUAAUAGCGCAGGAGAUCGAAAGCGAAAAAAGCAGCGCCUUGGUGGGCUUGACACCUUCCGUGGCUUUGUCCUCAUCCGUUGAUGUUGGAAGGGCUGUGGGUGGGGUUGAGGGUGAAGAAGUGACGAAAGAGAAGUUGAGGGAGGAGCAGGAGGCUGAAAUCGCAUCCCUGAAGAAGACCAUAGCGCAGCUGGAAUCGGAGAAAUCAGAAUCUGGCGACGCAAUGAAGAGUUUGUUAGAAGCGCAUCGUCGUGAGGGCGAGGAGCGAGAGCGAGCGUUCAAGGAGAUGCAGAAAAAGUGCGUGACUUCUGGUGCUCGAAUUCUAACCUCCAGCCAUUGCUUGUCUUUUUCGCAAUCUCACUCCAUCCGACGCCCGGCUCGAAGAGCUGACUUCUUCGCUGAGGAGAACAGUGGCCUACGUGCAAAAAUCGAGAAGCAAGAGGCAGACAGCAAGAGGCAGCGAGUGGAAGAGGACGAGCGUCGCGACCGCGACAUCAAACGGGAGAUUAUUUUGUCCCAGCAGCACCUGGACUCGGCAUCGCUGAGAGAUAGGCUGUGCCGCACCUUGGACGCACUGUGCGGGGCGGAGGAGGCCGGGGAGCUGGUGCUGACUUGCCAGAGGUGCGCCAAGCUCUUCAAGGAUCCUCACACCAUGGCACCUUGCGGGCACACCUUGUGCGCGGGUUGUUGUGCGGGCGGCGAUGGAGGCAUGUCAGCUGAGGACGGUAGCGGAAGGAUGCCUGGGGGUAGCGGCGAGAGCCCAGGCUCGGUCACGCAUGCGGAGCCGGAGUGUUAUCUGUGUGGGCAGCAGGAUCGCGGGGCUGUGGACAGAGUGGCUUGCGUCGGGAUCGCGCCGAACCGUGCGCUGGCGAGUGUGGUGGUCAAGUUUGCCUUCCGUCGCCAGCUUGUGCAAGCCUUGAAGGAAAUAGGCGCUGCGUUAUCGGGAUAA